CACCACCACCACCAUCUCUGCCACCACCGCCAUACCACUCACUACACCGUUUAUCAUGCAGUUACCAGAAGCUGAACUAUUAUCACGGCACAGUAUUAAGCGCCGAGUGAAGUACUACCACUCUGCACUACAACCUACACUAUUAUUUCUGUGUAUCGUAUUGAGCAAUAUACCACUGCCAUGUCAUGCCUAUACAACAGGUUACAAACCUAUUCAACCUCCUCUUCAUUCAGCUUGCGACAAACAGACCAAGAACAUCUCCAUAGAGCAACUGUUGCUGCGGAGUCUUAUGCAUGGAUACGACAAGUCUGUCAGACCGGUUUACAACUCCUCCAAGGCCGUCGUCGUUGGACUCGGUUUGACUUUAACACAGAUACUGGACGUUGUGAGUUGGAAAUCUGUUUCGAAUCUCCCUCCAUCACCCCAACAGCAAAUUCUUCCCUAA